UUUCGCCUCCAGAGCACACACUGUCCUAGUGCUGCUGCCGCCUGCCAGUGGUGCUCUGCUCUCUUCAGCUGCUGCUGCAGGGGACUGUGUCGCAUAUUUUCCAUUCAACCUGUCGUCUGUCUGCACCUGUUUGCCUUUGGUCAGGGACGGUGAGACGUCCAGCAAUUGACUGUAAAAACGCAUGUGCCUGAGAGUCUGGCACACGUCUGUUCAAUGGCCACCUCAGGCCCCACCUAUUCUGCCUCCAUCACUGCCGCUGUGCCUGAGGGUUUCCAUUAUGAAACCAAGUACAUUGUGCUCAACUACCUGGCAAUGUUGCCUGCUAGUAGAUCACAUGCGCUAACCUUUUCUGAAGGAGUUUCCCAAAGUGAGAGCGAGAGGCGCACAAUGAUAAAAGCGCAUGAUGAAAAGCUGGACGAUGAAAUCGCUGCAUCUUUUUCCACAACAGGCUUUGACCGGCACACAUCACUGGUGUUUAAUCCGACCUUCCCAGAAACCUCUAUUGAAGACUGCCUUGCUGCAAUGGGAGACCGAGUGUCCGCGGAGCUUGACACACACCUGGCAGCAGCUGUACACACACUCCUUGCAGGGCCUCUGGACUACCAGAGAUUCAGAGACACAACGCGGGAUCUCUCCAUACACACAAAGGGAGGCUGGAGCAAUGUGCUAGUACCUUUGGUGCUGCUCCAGGCUUUACAAAGCGAAGGCCAGUCACUGACAACUCUGUUACAACUGGGGGUGCGCUUCCUAGAGGAGGACGAAGCUGGCUACAUCAUCCAGCAAGGGGGAUGGGGUGAAAUCUUCAGCCUCGAGCCAGAGGAGGACCGAGGUGUGACCAUCGCUGAAGACAGCAACGACAUUUACAUCCUCUCAGGGGACCAGCAUCCGGACCAGCUCAGCCCCCCCUCCUCGCUGCUCUGCUCUGGAGACAUCAGCAGUGAACAGAGCUCCUGGCAGACAGAAAGCUUACCCGUGUCUCUGGCCGGCCACGAGUCUUGGGCACAGGUCGGUGUGAUGGACCCCGAAGACGUCAAGAGCCUGGACAGCAAUGAGGGCGCGGCUCUGGCUGAGGAGCGCAGCGAAAACAACUCCUCCAACUCGGACAUUGUCCACGUCGAGCGCGAAGAUGCGGAGCUGCUCGACGAAGGAGGUGACGUCGGAGCAAUAGACGAAAGCAUGAUGAGUGUUUUGGGCACAGAGAGUGAUCUGGCUGAGCUCAGGGAAGAAUUUAGGGACCAGACUCCACCUGUUCCAGUGUCAGCGGAGGCAGACCCGGCCUCCCUGCUUUCACUAGAGGACCCGGUUGUAAUAGAGACGCCUGCAAGCUUGUCGGCGGAGCCCUCCCACGUCUCCUUAGAACCAGAGCUGCCUCCCCCUCCCUUUGAGCCCGAACCAGCAGCCCCUUUAUCUGUUCCUGCAGUGGAACCGGAGCCUGAGCCAGAACCAGCUGCUGAAACAGCCCCAGUGUCUGCUGAGGUGGCACCCCAAUCUCUAGACAAGGAAACCCCAACAGCACCAGCAGAGCCCGAUGCCACCUCAGAACCCGCUCCUGAACCAGAACAGGAGCCGGAGCCUGUCACAGUGCCUCCCCAGCCAGAGGAGCCAGAGCCAGAGAGCGUGGCAGAGGCAGAGGCCCUGCUGGCUGCACACGUUGUCCCGGAGGCCCCUGUAGAACCCCCAGCUGAGGAGUCCCCACUGCAGCCUGAACCAGAAUCAGAGCUCGAAACGAUGCUUUAUGGAGGUGCUACACUGGUGGUCCUCGCUGGUCUAAUGGCAUAUGGUAUCAUGAGCUACAGGAGGAAGUAGAAAAAAAUCUUUCUCAGGGUUGCAGAAUGUAAAUUACACAAUGUUUAAGGUAGAAAUAAAUGUAUUAGUACACACAGGGUGGGACUCUUCUGUUGGAUUUACUAAUUGAGGCUGCUUUAUCUGCUAUCCUUUUUUGAAGGUUUUAAAUCUGUGAAAAUGCCCCCUAAGGCAACCAACAUCUCCUCCUCAUCCUCAAGCUUACUGCUGUGACUCUUGGUUUGAUCCACUGCUCCAGGUGCAAACACAGAAAGAGGACAAACAAUGGCCUCCAUUGUGCUCCUUACUUUUUGGUGUUUUUCUUCCUUCUUGGUUCUUAAGACCUCAGCCCUUUAUGUACUUUGUCCCCCUUCUGCUUGUUUUGGUUUCUGUUGUUUGUUUCUUACUGUUAGGACUGUUCUGAGUCAGUGACUCUAUAUGGAAAAAUUCACUGAUAACUCUCCAUUAGCUCAUGUAAACCUCAACGCCCACAUGUACCGUUUCUGUGAGACUUCUAGCUUCCUCUCUUUCUAUGCAGCAAAGUGACAUUCAUUUACAUCUGUGAUGACUAAUUCUGAUUCUUUCCCUGAUUAACAAACCAAAUGUAUGAUAAGAAACUACUCUUUUACUACUACUUUUCAGUUUGAAACAACUUCUGACAGAGCAUGCAUAUUAGCUUAGAUUUUUGUUUCGUGUUUCCAUAUUGCACUAAAGGAUUUGUAUCACUUUACAGACAGAUAUUUUAGUUUUUGUGUAUUGAAACAAUUAUUUUGCCCAAGAUUGGAUGAAAAUCUUUAAAUAUUAAUAAAAGAUACCGUUUUGCAUCAUUAGUAGAAAUUGCAAGGAAUGUGACUGCAGCACAUAAAUUAAGUCAUCCCUUUACUGUAAACACAUUUCAGGAUUGAAUUGACUGAAUUGUGCUAUGCCACUUCCUCAGUUAAAAACACAUUUUCUCUUAAGUUUCUUUCCAGUCUAAACUUUUUCUGCUAGAUGUCUUUAGUUCUUAUUAUUUGUCUUUGUACCCUUCACUUGUCUUGCUCCACUGCUUAUAAUGUACCUGACUCAUGCCACACCUUUCCAAUGGCAAUUGCAUCUGUCCCAGUUAGUUUGUUUAAUCUGUUAGGAUAUCAAAUGAAUACCCUCCCCGAGUAGAAUGGGGUAUUGAUGGCAAAAGUGGAUUCUUCAGCGACAAUCAAGACGGCAUCAACAUGUUUGUAUGGUUUCACAUCUACAUAGGGAAUGCAGUAAUAAAGAUUUGGUUUUCGAAAGAAAGUUUCAACCUCUUGUGUUGCUAUGAAAUAAAAUAAUUUGCAUGAAUAUCACCCAGCAAAAAAUCCUUGCGGUUACUAGUGAGCCAAUAUUCAGUGCAGUGCAAGAGUUCUUAAACAGAAACUGAACCGUUCUAGAGGAAUAUCCCCUGGCCUGCUCCUCAUUCAAUGGACACAAAAUGAUUUGUCCUUCCCUUUUAAGAACUUAAGUAAUUGAGUGAGUCAUCAGUAGCACAAUUAUUAAAAGGUGACAAACUGGGUUUUGUCCACUGCUGCCCCUCCACUUGUAUAUUUUCUCUUUAAAAAAAUGUGGGGAUAUUGUGGUUAGUUUUAUCACUAUGAAAAUUCAGGAAUGGCUUAAAGAACAUUGUGUUUGAUAAACUAUUUCCAUAUAUGUCAGUCAGUGUUACACAUUAACUUCCUGAUUUCAAAGGAAAACCAUUACAGUACGGAGCAGGGUGUAUGGCAAAGGUCCCAAACAUGACACUUUGUACCUUGAGUUUCCUAUGAUGCACUGUUUGAGAUUACAAUAAUAAAAAA